AUGUCUCGCGCCAAGGAGCGGCUGAAAGGCGGGAAGGAGACGAAGGAUAGCGUCACCCUUCUGCCCUGCUUUUAUUUUGUGGAGCUUCCUAUCCUGGCAUCGUCAGUGGUCAGCUUGUACUUCCUGGAGCUGACCGACUUUUUCCAGCCGGUGCAUUCUGGGUACAGCUGCAGUGACCGCAGUCUGUCUCUGCCCUACAUCCUGCCCAGACAGGAAGUCUGCCCCCUCCUGCUCCUCUUCAGCCUGGCCUUCGCGGCUCCUGCUGCCACGAUCCUGCUGGGGGAGGCGGUGUUGUUCUGCUACCUGUCCCGCCGCUCCGGUCACAGCGAGGCUCACAUCAAUGCCGCCGGCUGCAACUUCAACCCCUACAUCCGCCGGGCCGUGCGCUUCAUAGGUGUGCAUGUGUUCGGGCUGUGUGUGACGGCGCUGAUCACAGACGUGCUGCAGCUGUCCACCGGGCAGCACGCCCCCUACUGGCUGGCCGUCUGCAGGCCCAACCUCACCCACAUCAACCUCUCCAGCUGUGAGGACGCCUUCAUCCUGGAGGACAUCUGCUCAGGCCCUGACCCCGCCCUCAUCAGCACCGGGAGGAAGUCGUUUCCUUCCCAGCAUGCAACUCUGGCUGCUUUCGCUGCUGUUUACAUCUCUAUGUAUUUCAACGCGGUGCUGACCGACUCUGCCAAGCUGCUGAAGCCAGUCCUGGUGUUCAGCUUCGUGCUGCUGGCGGUUUUGGCCGGUCUGACACGCCUCAUCCAGUUCAGGAACCACCCGGGAGACGUGUACGCAGGCUGGCUGCUAGGGGGCGCCAUCGCCGUCUACCUGGGGGUGUAUGCGGUGGGUAACUUCCAGCCCAGUGAGGAUCACUCCAGGACCCGCCCCCCUCCCCCCCUGCUGAGGGAGCCCCCCCUCUCCUCUCUCCCCAACGUCAGCCAAUCAGCAGCCAGCAACACUCACCAAGGCCACCACAACCUGGCUCCCAGCCAACCAGAGCCCAUCCUCACACGGUCCUCAUCCCACACGCUGUCCCCCAACCAAUCAGAGCCGAUCCUGACCAGAAGCUCCUCCUACCGCGAGCCGUCCAGCUACAAGCGGUCCAGCGCUGAGGUCCAGGUCAUCACCGGGCCGCUCGGUAACCAUGACAACGCCCUGGCCUUCAGCAGUACCCUGCCCAGGUCCCACGGAGGCUCUUCAUUGGAGGGUGUGGAGGGGCGUGUCCCGCGGCGCCACGCCUCCAGCCACUCCUCCAUGGACUCCACCAGAUCAAAGCAGCUCCUCAGCCAAUGGAAGAACAGGAACGACAACCGGAAGCUGUCACUCCAGGUGAUGGACGGGGUAAGGCCCGCCUCCGGCCCCGCGUCCUCGCCUCAGAGGAACAGCAUGGAGCUACGCUGCUCCUCCGAGCCCUCCGCCAUGGGCCUGGAGGCAGAGCUCCGUGCAGGGACCCACCUGCCUUCAGCCGCUGGAAUGGAGAUGGAGCUCCGAGCUGGGGCUCACAUACCGGCCCAGUAUAUGAAGCUAGCAGCUAGCUCGGUUCCUCUGGUGAACCAGCAACACAUGCCCCACAACGGGACCAGCGGGCUGACGGGAGGGGCCCGGGUCUCCAUCCAAUCUCGGCCAGGAUCCUCCCAACUGGUCCACAUCCCUGAGGAGGACAACCCCGCCCCCAAGGACCAGGAGAGCGAAUCAGAGGACAGCAUGAUGGACGGGGGCGGGUCUGUGAGGGAGAAGUGGAUGCGAGUCGCUGAGAAGACGACGCUGCCCUGCAGACCGCUGAGCGCCGGCGGGCAGCCCCGCAUCCUGCAGGUGAUAGCCAUGUCCAAGCAGCAGGGUUUGCUCCACUCGCCGCGGUCUGAGGACGGCGGCUCCAUCCGGUACCGCGCCCUGACGGACCUGGACCCCUCACCCCCUGCCUCCACCACCGGCCCCGGGGGAGGAGGAGGUCUGGAGAGAAGUGGCAGCAUCGUCCGGGUGGACGCCCACCCUGAGGCCCGUUCCUCCAAGCCGGUGGUGAAGCCCCCCAGCACCGACGGUAGCGGCUCCUGGCGGUGGCGGCCCCCAGACCAGCGGGCGUCGCUGCGCCAGUCAGCCUUCGCCCUGAACGAGCUUGGCGACCUCAGCGACCUCCAGGACCUCAGCCACCACGCCGACGGCGGCGACUCGCUGAAGGACAGCAGCUCUCUGGACGGCCGCCGCAGCGCCAUGGGCACGGAGAGCGACGGGGGCGGGGGGGAGGGGGGGGACGGGGAGGGGGUCUACGCCAACCACCCCCAUGUGGUCCACCCGCUGCACCCCCUCCACCCUAGUAACCCCGGCAACAGCAGCCACCAGAGCAGCUUCAACCUCCCCCCUGCACCCGGCGCCCACCCUCACUUCAACCCCAACAGUACCGUCACCUUCGCCCCUCCCUUCCAUCCCCACCCGCAGGCCCUCACCACCAUCAGGGUCACCCCGGUGGACGGGGGCGGGGGCGGGGCCGGGAGCGACGCGGGCUCCGACUGCCCGUCGGGGGCGUCAUCCAGCCGGGAGUCCACCCUGCGGAGGACGGGGGGCGGGGCGCAGGACCGGGGGCCCAGCCCCGACCCCCACUGCCCCCCCCGCCUCUACGACGCCGACGGGGGCAACCGCUUCCAUGACAACCCCAAUGACCAUUUCCAAGACAACCCUAACAACCAGAACCCAAACGGCCGUUUCCCAGACAACCCAAAUCACCCCAGACCUCCUCAAGGCUUCUUCAACAGGCCGGGCCCCACCCCCCCGCCCACCCUGCCCCGCCCCGUGCUGGGCCACACACCCCCCCCCACGUUGGGCCUGGCCUAUAAAGAGUAA